CCCGGAAAGGGGGCGGGCAAUCAUGUGCGUGCGGCGGGAGUGGCUGUGCCGGGCUCCUAGCGCCCAGCCAGUCAACCCUGGAGAGAAUCCUGUCAGAGGCCGGAAGCCCUCGAAAGUCACGUGCUCCCAGGGCUGCACGAAUGAUUGGCUGGGAAGGACAUGAAUGAUGCCGCUGUGAUUGCUGUAUCGUCUGGGCAGGGUUUGGAGUCUCUCAUAAACACCCCUGACCUGUGCAUCUGUCUGGAGAGGACGAGGCAGGGGAAGCCUGCUUUCUCUGCAAUCCAGUGAUCACAUCCCCGUCAGGAUCCCUGCAUGUCCACUUCAGGUGUCGUCAGCAUGGAAUUCUGAAGUCCAUGUGGCUCCUCACAGUAAACAAGGUCUUAAGGAAAAUGCAGAGACGCCACAGCAGUAACACGGAUAACGUUCCACCUGAAAGAAAUCGCAGCCAAGCACUCAGCCCCGAGGUGAGCGUGAAUGAAGGGGGCGUCUUUGAGGGUCUGAAGGCAGAAGCCGCCUCCCCGCCAGCGCUCUUCUCUGGCCUCUCCGGCCUCCCGACAGGCAGCCUUCCCGCCGCCCCGUUCCCAUCCAGCCUGGUGCUGGGGGCCUCUGCCAGCGGUGGGGACGUGUUCCUCCAGAUGCCAGCGUCCAGAGAGGAGGGUGGAGGCCGGGGCGAGGGCGGCACCUACCACCACCGCCAGCCCCACCACCACUUUCACCACGGAGGACACCGUGGGAGCUCGCUGCUGCAGCACGUGGGCGGGGACCACCGGGCGCACGCAGAUGAAGCGGGUGAUGAGCACCCCGGCACUCCCGCCCCUGCCCUGUCCGAGCUGAAGGCCGUGGUCUGCUGGCUCCAGAAAGGCCUGCCCUUCAUCCUGAUCCUCCUGACCAAACUGUGCUUCCAGCAUAAGCUCGGCAUUGCUGUGUGCAUCGGGAUGGCCACCACCUUCGCCUACGCCAACUCCACCCUCCGAGAACAGGUCUCUCUGAAGGAGAAGAGGUCGGUGCUGGUCAUCUUGUGGAUCUUGGCCUUCCUGGCGGGGAACACCCUGUAUGUGCUGUAUACGUUCAGUUCCCAGCAGCUGUACAACAGCCUCAUAUUUCUGAAGCCCAACCUGGAGAACCUGGACUUCUUCGACCUGCUGUGGAUCGUGGGGAUCGCAGACUUUGUCCUGAAGUACAUCACUAUCGCCCUCAAGUGCCUCAUCGUGGCCCUGCCUAAGAUCAUCCUGGCUGUCAAGUCCAAGGGAAAGUUCUAUCUGGUCAUCGAGGAGUUGAGCCAGCUGUUCCGAUCACUGGUCCCCAUCCAGCUGUGGUACAAAUACAUCAUGGGUGACGACUCCUCCAACAGCCACUUUCUGGGAGGAGUCCUGAUGAUCCUCUACAGCCUCUGCAAGUCCUUCGACAUCUGUGGCCGCGUGGGUGGAGUCAGGAAAGCCCUGAAGCUUCUUUGUACCUCGCAGAAUUACGGAGUCCGGGCCACUGGGCAGCAGUGCACAGAGGCUGGUGAUAUCUGUGCCAUCUGCCAGGCCGAGUUCCGGGAGCCUCUGAUCCUUAUGUGCCAGCACGUGUUCUGUGAGGAGUGCCUCUGCCUCUGGCUGGACCGCGAGCGCACCUGCCCGCUCUGCCGCUCCGUUGCCGUGGACACCGUGCGCUGCUGGAAGGACGGGGCCACUUCGGCACACUUCCAGGUGUACUAGCACCGACGCUCCGGCACGCCCAGGGAGAUGACGGAGGGUCCGUGUGGCCGGGUCCAGCUCUGGGGACUUCCUGGGAAACAGGCCGCAAGCUCUUCGUGUCCUGCCUCCCGCCUUUCUCCACCUCUUUCCCUAAAGCUUUCUGUUCCCCCCACCUUCACCUUCAUCGUUUGUUCCCUGGCUCAGUUCAUCCUUCCCUACGUAUGGGGAAGCCUCCUAACUCAGACUCGGUCUCUGCCCAGGUAGGUCUCCCAUCCCCUCCUAGUCAAGGAACCAGGACUAGACAAGGUCCCGCCUGUUGGUUAUUUUACUCGAGAACCGAAUGCCCGAGGCUGCCCACUGGGGAGGGACCUGGAUGUCACUGCCUCCCACCACGGCCCGGGUCUAGAUGGGGGUCACUGUGAAGUCUUUUUCAGACUCAGAUGCCUGGCCCCGCCCAGAGUGAGCCAGGCACGGCAUCAGGCAUCCUGCCUGGAUGACUUCCCUGGCACAGCGGAGGAAACCGUGGCACAGAGCUGGUGUGGUAACCGUGCCGGGGUCACCCAGCCAGCCGUGUGCACCGAGUUUCCAGCCAGGCCCGCCUGGCUUCAGAGCCACCAUGCUGACCCGCUGCUCAGACACUGCGGCGUGGGGCCCGGCACACAAGGUUUCUUAAAACCGUAAGAGGUGAUUUUGAUGCGCAUGGGUGGCCCGGGUGCGUGGCAUAUUUAAUGUGGACCGCAUUGAGAAGGCAAGACUUGGUCCUGAAAUUGCUUUCUUCCCGAGCUCUGGGCCAGGGUGCUUCAUCACGUGUGGGUACCAAGAAAAGCCAGCUUUGGCCCAAAUACAGACACCACUGGGUCUCUGCACCCAUCUGUAUUUCUCUUUCCUCCCUCCCAUCCCCUCCCUCACUCACGCCUCAGAUCUGUCAACAGCCCCUGUGGACAUUCCCUCUCCCCUGGUAGCCUCCAGAGCAAAAGGGACAGUCCAUGUUAGGGAUUUGUCCACAAGCCAGGGUGGUGGCGGAGAGUAGCUCUCAUAUAGAGCUCAUGAGUAGUUCUGUAUGAGAGCUACUAAUCUCUAUAGCAGAGCCACUCCCCUCCCUGCUUUGAGAUCUGGGAGGAGGUGGCACAGGAGGUCAUGUAGAUGCCACCAGAACCCUGCCUGUCCUAUCCUUCUCCCAGCCCUAUCCUCUCACUGUCAACCCAACACAAUGGGCUGGUGCCCACGGCAUUUCAGAGAAAGCCAUCUGGGUGGCUGGGGAGCAGACUAGCAAGAAAGCCGGAGGGGAGAUGGGAGCCUUGCUGCCCCCUUGCCCUCGGCCGGUGUGAGCAUGCCCACCCCGUCCCCAGCAGACUCUGGACACGUGGCCCCCUGCGCUGUGGAGCCAGCACCUUUUCUUCUCCCUGACGUCCCUGGCGCUUUCCUGAUAUCCCUUCCAGGGUUGCAUGGCAUCUUUCAAGCUCUGUUACUAUGGCGAUGGCCGUGCUGUUACAAUCCCACUUGCCUGGAUAAUCAAGUCAGAAAGGGAAGUGGAGGGAAGCAGAGCCCAGUGGACACGGCUUCUCUGUUCCCUCUGCCUUGAGGAAGAACCAAGGGGAAGGGACACAAUCUUCUGCAACUGGUUUUUACCGGAAAGAGGUCCCUGUGUGCAGGUGCCAUCAAAGAGGCUGGAGAAAUGGGAGCUGGAGAAGGCAUUAAAGUGGUAGCAUGUGACAGAGCAGAUAGAGCUGUCUAUUAAAUUAAUUUAAUUUAA